CUCUGUUCAUCCUCCAGUCCUCGUCGUGUGGUCGUCGUCGUCGUCCAUCCGUCGAGACAGUCGCUCCUUUCCCGUCUCUCGGUCGCCAGCUCGCGAAUUUGAACGCAGUUUGCGACUCUCGAUUGCUCUCUUGCCUACCAGUACCUACCUACCUUCCUUCGACCCGGAUCUUUAUACCCUAAUCUGAUCCGCCAAUUCUACCACGAUUCCGGCCUCGAACAUGUCCUUCUACAGCAACGAUGAGAGCCCCUGGGCUGCGCCGGGCCGCCAGCCAGCGUGGGAGCAGCAGGCGCCUCCACGCUCUGCAACAGCCUCCGCUGUGUCUCAGCACCCCGAUGCCAAUGCAUUCGCGUCGCAAUUCGAGGAGAUUGAUCGUGCAACAGACAACCUGAUUAAGAGCGGCAAGUGGAUGCCUGGACCAAAUAUCGCUAUGGGAGGAGGACCAGGCCGAAGAGAGAGCAUGCCCCCGCCCAAUCGCGCCUUUGACUUUGGGGGCGAUCCACGGCUGGGAGGAGGACCAUCUCGUCACCAGUCUGUCAGCAGUGAGCUCAGCAGCACUGAACGUCCAGGCUCUGCUGGUCUGCAGGGUUUCUACGCUGGUCAGAGAUUUCCAGGCAGGCAACCGAGUGAAGCCGAGCAGAUGCUACAGGCGAAGCGUAGAAUGGCUGCCCAACGCGAACGUGAGCUGCGAAACUACCAUCAAGAACAGCAGUAUAACAGGAGUGGCAAGCAGCAGGCACAAGAUCGAUCCCUGAGUCCAGCUGCCACGAUGAGUGAGGAAGAUCGUCGCGAAUUGAUCGCUCGCCAACACCGUGCGUUAUACGGCGAAGGAUCAAAUCUUUACAAUGCGGAUGGAACGAGAGCAUCCUCUCAGGAAGCCCGCACCUCGAGUACUGGCCGCGGGGCUUCGCCUUUAGCAUUCGACUCAUUCGGUCAAACUCCAGCAGGUGCAGGUGCAGGUACAGGAGAUGGAUCAGUGCAAAUGCCACCACGUGAACGUGCUGAAAGUACUGCAUCUCCGGUUUCGAAUCCAGCUGUUCACCAAUUCGGUUCGCUAAACGAUGCGCAACAGAGUAGCCGGACUUCAAACUCCUCGCCAGGCGGAUCGCCGCCUUUGACUGGAACUUCCAAAACCAGCGCAUCGAGUGUUGCGCCAAUUGGCACGCGGCCAGUACAAGCCCCGGGCCUUGGUAAGAGGUCCACCACGCCGCUUACGCCGUCGUCGCUGAGCUAUGGCUUCAACGCGAGCGACAGCAGGCCAGGACAUGCUGGUACUGACCAGCGAUCCACCUCAGCAGCUUCCAAUCCACCCCAUGCGAAAGAGGGAGCCAGCAAUUGGGGCAGCAACAGCGGAACUUGGGGUCCUGCAAAGAAUCUCUCUGUUCAGCCUUCUGUAUGGGGUUAGAACUCUCGAACGACGAAGAAAUGAACUCACAGCAACUUUGAGGAUAACAGAAGUCGACGAUGAAUUAGCGGUGGAGUUUCUUGUUGCGGCAUUGACGGUAGUGAGGGUGUGGAACUGGUGUCUCUGGUGGGCUUGUCAGGGGUGCUCUAUCCGUUCUCGGCAUUUUCGAGCGAAAGGAUGUUUGAGCCAAAGCACGGGGUUUCGAAGGUCAGGAUGGUCGCAUUGAUAUGGUCGGAGUCUGGGUCUGGUUUGUGCGGCACUGUGCAAGUUCUUUUGGAGAUAUCCCUUGGUACAUAUGCGCUCGUCGGGCGAAUGCUUUGGCGGGAGCUCGCGCACUGGAAGGAGUUUAGCAUUUGGAGUGUUGCAACAUUUAUAUCCAUUGGAGGCGCGUCGAUUGCCCGCCGCGGCAUGUACUUGAGUCUUGGGAAUAGUGCCAUCGAGUUUGAAGAUCGAAGUGAACGCACGUGGAAGAGACUUCAGUAUUGGUGACCCGGCGACUGAUAGAUGCACUCGAUAGCACAAAAAAAGGUGUCAAAGUGG